AUGGAGUUUGCUGAAUGGAUUUGCAAAACACAUCAUCAGCCAUGUCAUGUUGUUUAUACAGAUUUUCGUCCCACACCUUUGCAGCAUUAUAUUUAUAUUGAUCAUUUAAAUGAAAUUUGCUUACUAGUUGAUGAAAAAGGCACAUUUUAUGAAAAUGCUUUCCAGAAAAAAAUUAGAGAACCUUUCAAUACAGAACCAAAAAAUUCUGAUAAUACCAAAUUAAGAAGAAAUAAUGUUCAUUCAAUGAUAAAGGCCUGUAUAAGUUCUAAUCUUGAUCCAAUUAUUGCAUUUGCAUUUUCAAAUAAGGAAUGCAAUAAUUUGGCAAUACAAUUGAAUAAAAUGGAUUUUAAUAAUGGCAAAACUAAAGUUGUGGACAAUGCUAUGGAUUUGUUAGCUGAGGAGGAUCGUCAAUUAAAAUCAAUACAUGAUUUAUUGUCAUUGUUAAAAUGUGGUAUCGGCAUUUAUCAUUCAGAAUUAUUACCUUUUUUGAAAGAAGUGUCAACAUCCGGAGAAUACAUUCAAAUGUCUGGUCACGCUGGUAGAAGAGGUAUUGAUGAUCGUGGUCAUGUAAUAAUGAGCCUUGGUAGUAAAUAUCAUUUGACUAAGGAUAUGGUUAAGGGAAAACCUAAUUCUUUAUUAUCAGCAUUUCAUUUAAGAUAUCAUAUGAUAUUAAAUAUGUCAAUAAUUGAAGAAUUGAAAAAGUACAAGAAAAAAUUGAAAGAGCAUAAAAUAGAGAAUGAAGAAUCAGUAGCACAAUAUUAUUCAUUUGUUAAACUCAAAGAGGAAAUGACUGGCGAGUUUAAUGUAUACAUCACAAGUCCAAAACACUGUAUGAGAUUUUUAACUCCAGGUAGAUUGGUAUGGGUGAAAUAUGAUGAUAUGGAUUUUGGUUGGAAUAUGGUCAUUAAAUGUGAAGAGAUAAUAAGGAGGGCAGUUACACAUUAUAAUUUAAUAAAUUCUGGAAAAGCAAUUCAUAAAGUAAAAGUGUUGUUGCACUGCUCUAAUGAUUCAUUUGUGAAUAGUGAAAGAGUUGAUGUCAAGCCAUGCCCAGUAAGCUUAAAUGAUGGUGUUAUGCUGGUUGUUCCAAUAAAACUUAAAGAUAUACAAACAAUCAGUCAAAUACGCCUUCAUGCGGGUGAAAAUAUCGAGCAUGAACGUCAUCUAAUGCAUUUAGCUUAUGAAACUAUUAAUGAUAUUCUUUCAAAACAUCCGACUGGUGUGCCAUUAGAUCCAAUAAAAAUGAGAUUAAUUGAAGAGAACAUUAAUAAACAUCCAAUUAAUCAAGAUCCAUUAAUAAUAGAAAAAUAUACCAAAAGAUUGAAUUUAGUAGAACAGAUAGAAUCAGUUCUUCAAUUUGAUGAAUUUAAAAAAAGAAGACGUUUAUUACGGAGAAUGGGUUACUUGUCAGAAAAUAAUAUGGUUGAGCUCAAGGGUAGAAUAGCAUGUGGAAUUAAAUCAGGUGAUGAAAUAGUUUUAACCGAGUUAUUGUUGAAUGAUGUUUUCAAUAAAUUCAUAGAGCCAUAUAAUCAAAUUUUAGAGACAGCUAGAAUUGUAGCUGAGAUUACUGAAGAGUGUGCUAUUGCUAUUGAUAAAGAAAAAUAUAUGGCAAAAUUUUCACCUGGGUUGGUGGAAAGUGUGUAUGCUUGGUGUAAUCAUGUAACGUUUCCAGAAACGUGUAAAAAAGGAAAAAUGCAAGGAGAUAUUGCUAGAAAUUUUGAAAACUUGGAUGAAUUAUUACAAGAAAUGAAUGAAAAGUAA